GCCCUCGGCCCCUGGAUACCCCAGAUCGCCGUGCUCUUCGCGGUGCCCAUCGUCGGCGGCACAGUGGCGUCGAGCGCGGAGCAGGUGUGGGGCGGCGACGCCGGCCUGCACGUGGCGGUGAUUGGAAUGCUCUUGCUGAGCACGUCCCUGGCCUACACGCUCUCCUGGGCGACCGGCGGAUGCGAGAUGGAGCGGCGGGCCAUGGCCAUGGAGUUCGCGGUGAAGAACGUGGUCUUCGCAUCGGUGCUCCUGAGAGACCACUUCGAGGAUCAGGCGACUCAGGCCUGCGCGAGCAGUCGAUCCGCCGCUACUCCUUGCGCGGGCACGGACAGGGCGCCGACUUUGUCGUCGUGUUCCUCGUGUCGGGGCACGAGCGCCCAGACUAUGGCUGGGAGGGCGAUGCCCCACAGGGCGACUCUCUCACACCUGGCCGAGAAGAAUUCCCUGAUCGCAGCGUUGACCUUGUUGAAUUGGGCCAUCCUCGUGGUGCGGUCGACCCUGUAG